GCCCACUAUAUCACGAAAUUAUGGAGGAAGAAGAUAAGAAGAUUUUCCCUCCAAAUUGUGAUUGACUCAAGCAAAGGAAGCCCAUCAAAAUAAGUUGUGCAGAACAUAAGAAUACAUUUGCUUGGUGAUGUUGCCACUUCUCUCACAUAACUGUGCAACUUUUCAAACUACCAAUAUCAAAUUCCAACUCGGAACUCUGUGAUGGAUAUGAAUGACCCUUUGGAUUUCGAGGUAGAAGACGACCUUCUGAAAUCCCAUGCAAUUAAAAAAAAAAGGAAGAAAGUUAUUGGGUUGGAUGAUCUUCUUCAAGAUCAUUACAGAGAACAGAACAAGCUUCUAGAGAGUAGGAAUAAGCAGAAAAAGGCCAAUACUAAGGCAAAGAAGAGUAAAACUUCCUACGAUGAGGAAGAUAGCAAGGAAGCCAAGUUGACUAGGCUAGUUGAGAAAUGUCACAAGCAGUUGAAAGCUUUUGGUGAAGAAGAAGACAUUCCACCCUGGGGAGUAAAGGUUUUUGGAGAUAAGAAACUUCCCCCCGCUGUGGAGUUUCCUGAUCUUAGAUGCUGUAACCUUUUACACUCCUUUCUGAACAACAAGCUAAAUUCUGUGGUGGAAUUGAAUGUGGACAAAGGAAAUAUAUUUCUUGAAGGGUUACUAGUUAAUGGCUGGCUUUCAAAAUUAGUUUUUCUGUGUGGUCAUGUAGAAAAAUCAGUAGCCAUCUGGGCGUUCAACACAAUGUUAUAUUCAUCAAAAGAAGAGCUCUUUAACUCUUCCACUGACUUUUGGUGUGCUAUUCUUUCUUCUGAAGAGGAGGUCAAUCAAAUGCCGGUCAAAAUUGAUUGGUUUCCUGAAUAUGCAGAUUUAAGAAGAGCUCUGGACAUUUACGGGUUUCUCUUUAAAUUUUCUUCCACUUCAGAACCAAAUAACUCAGAUUCUGACAUUGAAGGACGACCACCUCAAAACACUAGAGCUUGGAUCAGAUUUGUAACGGUUUGUAGUCUGAUAAGGAGUAAAAAGGAAAUCUUCUCUACUACAGAAGCUGAAGAGAUAGUUGAAAUUAUUAUUUGUCUAUUCCUGGAUCGCCAGUUUCUUGGUUUGUUGGUGCUUUUAAAGGACUGCAUGGAAGCGAUUGUCAAUUACUUUACAGACCAGGAAUGGUGCUCAAGUUGUGAGAACAUAGCUAAAUUCAUUGCUUGCAGAGUCUCAAAGGAUUUGAAUUGCAUCCAGACUAUUGAAUGUAUAUCAGAAGCUACAUCUCGUUGCAAGCAACUUAGGAGUGCCGUUGCUCAUCAAACACUGCUUUCUUGUUUUCAUGGAGUUAACAGUGGAGAAGAGAUUCUGAGAUCACUUACAGAAAUUAAUUUCAAAGACAAAAGUUCUGACUUCUACAAAAUGUACAUUCACUUAGUUCUGACAGAGAAUUGGGUUCUAUCCAACUCAUCAAUCAAAGACAAUCCAGUAAUCUAUGAGAUGUUCUGUCUUUACCUUGAAAAUUGUUCCACCUUAAUUUCAGCCACCAACCUACGUUCAUAUGCAUCAAAGGUUCGUCACAGAGCUUCAUAUCUUCUGCACUUCUCCAUCUACAAAUAAUUGGUUUCAAGUAUAUCUUUAGCCUCCUACCUAUCCCCGAAUCAAUUCAUGUAUAAUUUCUCCAACCACAGAAAAGAGAAAUGUUGGGUGAGAUCAAAAUAUUUUAACAAAGCUGUCAAAUUACAUGUAAAGGGCAUGGAUGUACCUUGUGGUAAUGUCCAACAGUAUCUUAUAUUAAAAUCCACUACUACCUUAUUUUCUGAACUUC